AUGCUUCUUCUGCACACCGUCCUCGCGGUGGUGUACAGCGGCCUCCUCGCCGUCUCGGCCCGCCCGGAGUACUUGGGCAGGUUCUACGACGCAGAGGGCGCCGAAUUGACCGACGCCUCAGAGUAUUCCUACUACUAUCGGCCGCAGCACGAGGCCUCGCAGGCUGCAGGCUACGAGAAUCCCCCCCAGUGGUCUCGUGACGCUUCCCAGCAGAUCCUGGGAGCACACCGUGAGUACGCGGAGGAAGGCUACGAUGGCCAGGAGCCUGCUCGCUUUCCGGGCACCGAUCAUGGUCGCCGACCCGAGCCUCCUCAUCACUUCCCGCCUCCGCCUCCUCACUUCCCGGAGCCCCACCAUGAGUUCCCAAAGCCUCCUCACCCCUUCCCUGAGCCGCCGCACUACCCACCCCCGGAACCGCAUCACCCUCACGGUCCCCCCGAAGGUUCUCCGAAGAAGGGACCUUUCCCUCACUUCACGAUGCCGGACCACCACAAGACGAAGGAUAAGACCAUCUAUCAAUUCUUGGAGAGCCACCCCAAAUUCUCGCGCCUCUUCAAACUGGUGAAUUAUACGGAGGACAUCACGAACUUACUCAACGACUCCUCCCAGAGUGUCACUUUCUUUGCCCUUCCUGACUGGGCCUUCCCGAAGCCGCCGCAUCACCAUGGCGUGGACGGGGAUGAGGAUGCCCAGUUGGAAGAACUCUUCCAGACUGGUGGUGACCUCAGCGACAUGCUCGCCGCCGCCGAGGGCUACCUCAGCAGCGCCCAUAAGCCCGACGAAGACAAGAUCAAGCAGUUCCUGAAGUAUCUGCUGCUCUACAACAUCCUGCCUGAACAGACGCCCCUGCAUCAACUGCGAAGCAACCAUACACACGCGACGUCGCUGAAGCUCGAGGACGGCUCGUUGGAUGGCGAGCAGCUCCGCAUCCGCGUCGGUAAAGGUUUCGGUGCCGACUUCCGUCCUACAAUCAACUUCGGGUCCAAAGUGUUGGUGCCUGAUAUUCCGACCAAGAAUGGUGCCAUUCAUGUCGUUAGCAAGCCCAUUCUUCCCCCUCCUUCCGUCUUCCAGAUCGCCUUCCUUUUCUCCGACGCUUUCUCCAUUUUCAGCUCUGCUAUUCAGCGAGUCGGACUGACGGACGAGCUCGAUUUCCAUGGCGGCGAAGAUGGUUCCGGUACUGGAGCGGUUUCCAUCUUCGCGCCCCACAACAAGGCGUUUUCGCGGCUGCCGCCUAGGUUGAAAUUCUACCUUUUCUCGCCAUUUGGCCAGAAGGCUUUGAAGAAGCUUCUACAGUUCCACAUUGUGCCCGACGCUGUAUUGCACUCGAAUUACUAUCACAACGCGUCGGAGUCUGAGUUCGUCCCGUGUCAUCAUGAUGUCGAGACGAAUCAUUUCUAUGCGCAUCUCGAUCCCUAUUCUCAAGAUUGGUCCAUUCCGGAGGAGUCGCGAGGCCAGGAAUAUGCCGAGUUUGGCUAUGUCCACGAGAAAUAUAGCUGUUUCAAGCACGACGGUGGUCGCCCGGAACUUCAGUUCCCGCCCCCACCACCCCCGUCGCACUUCCCGCCUCCACCGCCCCCGCCCCACAUCCCCCCACCACCGGAACACUUCCCCCCUCCACCUCCCCCGCGGAACCGUCAACCUCAACACCCUCCUCCGCCCCGUGGAGGUGGCCCUGACCAUCCUCAGCAUCCACCUCCGGGCGAUGAGCCCCACCAUCCGCCCCACCACCCUCCUCCUCAUCCUCCUUCGCCCCCAAAGGGAGGUCAUCACCUGCCCCGCCCCGACGUCGUUUACUCGGCCAACGCCACAGUGCCCACCCUUCUCGAGGGGCACCCUCUAGAAGUCAAGGUCGUCCAGCUCGCAUACAGGAGCCCUUUCGGGGGUGAGCAUCACAAGCACGCGUUCUACCAGACCGUCGUCGUCGCCCAUGGUCAGCCCGUCACCGUGCCGGACGUACCUGCGCGCAACGGCGCGGUCCAUGUCAUCACCAGGCUCCUGAACCCCCUCAAGAAGCCCCAUCAUCAUCACGGUCGCGAAUUCGAGCGCGAUGAUCUUGCGUUCGGCCCUUUCCUACGUGAGGACCCUGAGAAUGACGACGCUGACGAGUGGGCUGGUUGGGAGGAGUGGUUGCCUCGUUGGGCCGAAGAGUAG